UUGCCUGAUGUUGGUUUUCGUUUCUCCAAAGGGGGACUGUUCAUGCGUUCCACGGUGCAGGAGCACAGCGCGUUCAGGUUCGCUGUCCAACUCUACAACACCAAUCAAAACACCACUGAAAAGCCUUUUCAUCUCAACUACAAUGUUGACAACCUCGAGUCCUCCAACAGCUUUUCGGUCACCCAUGCAUUUUGCUCGCAGUUCUCCCGCGGGGUGUAUGCCAUCUUCGGAUUCUACGACAAGAAGUCCAUGAACACCUUGACCUCAUUCUGCGGUGCACUGCACACUUCCUUUGUUACGCCCAGUUACCCCACUGAUAAUGAGGUGCAGUUUGUCAUCCAAAUGCGUCCUGCCCUCAGGGGUGCAGUUCUCAGCCUGCUCUCCCACUACAAAUGGCAGAAGUUUGUCUACCUCUACGACACCGACCGAGGUUUCUCUAUACUGCAGGCCAUCAUGGAGGCGGCAGUUGCCAAUAACUGGCAGGUGACUGCUCGCUCUGUCAGCAGCACCACCGACGCGGCCGAGUUCAGGCGCAUCAUCGAGGAGAUGGACAGGAGGCAAGAGAAGCGCUAUGUGAUCGACUGCGAGGUGGACCGGAUCAAUACCAUACUAGAACAGGGAUUUUCGAACGUGAGCCUGGACAAAGUCUUCGCCGGUGGAGCCAAUAUUUCAGGGUUUCAGAUAGUCAAUCCUGAAAAUACGAUUGUGCAGCAGUUCAUGCAACGCUGGGAGCGACUAGAUGAAAGAGAAUUCCCAGAAGCUCGGAACGCUCCUCUGAAGUACACUUCGGCUUUGACCCACGAUGCCAUCCUCGUGAUAGCGGAGGCCUUCAGGUACCUCCGGCGCCAGCGUGUGGAUGUGUCUCGCCGAGGCAGCGCCGGAGACUGUCUCGCCAACCCCGCUGUACCUUGGAGCCAGGGCAUAGACAUCGAAAGAGCUCUGAAAACGGUCCAAGUGCAGGGUAUGACCGGGAACAUCCAGUUUGACAACUACGGCCGCAGGACCAAUUACACUAUAGAUGUUUAUGAGAUGAAAACAGGUGGGCCGAGGAAGAUUGGGUACUGGAACGAGUACUCGCGAUUUGUAAAUAUUAUGGACCCGCAGGUCUCCAACGACUCCUCAGUGGAAAACCGAACCAUUGUGGUCACUACUAUUAUGGAAGCUCCUUAUGUGAUGUACAAGAAAAAUUAUGUGCAUCUGGAGGGGAAUGACAGAUAUGAAGGCUACUGCGUCGAUUUAGCAUCUGAGAUUGCCAAACAUGUUGGAAUUAAGUACAAACUGUCUAUAGUAAUGGAUGGAAAGUACGGCGCCCGAGACCCUGAGACCAAGACGUGGAACGGGAUGGUGGGUGAACUGGUCUAUGGGAGAGCAGAUAUAGCUGUUGCACCUCUCACCAUUACUCUGGUUCGAGAGGAGGUGAUAGACUUUUCCAAGCCUUUUAUGAGCUUGGGGAUCUCCAUUAUGAUAAAGAAGCCGCAAAAGUCCAAGCCUGGUGUUUUCUCCUUCCUGGACCCGCUGGCCUACGAAAUCUGGAUGUGUAUAGUGUUUGCCUAUAUUGGGGUGAGCGUGGUCCUGUUCCUGGUCAGUCGAUUCAGUCCUUAUGAGUGGAAUCUAGAAGAGCAGGACGAGACCAAAGACCCCCAAACUCCCCCUGAUCCUCCCAAUGACUUUGGUAUCUUCAAUUCCCUCUGGUUCUCUCUGGGCGCCUUCAUGCAGCAGGGCUGUGACAUCUCUCCCAGGUCACUGUCAGGUCGUAUCGUCGGCGGUGUGUGGUGGUUCUUCACCCUCAUCAUCAUCUCCUCCUACACAGCCAACCUGGCUGCCUUCUUGACAGUUGAAAGAAUGGUGUCACCCAUAGAAAGUGCUGAAGACUUGGCAAAGCAGACAGAGAUCGCAUACGGCACUCUGGACUCAGGCUCCACAAAAGAGUUUUUUAGGCGAUCCAAAAUAGCCGUGUAUGAGAAGAUGUGGUCAUACAUGAAAUCUGCCGAGCCCUCAGUUUUUGUUAAAACCACACCUGAUGGCGUGGCCCGGGUGCGAAAAUCAAAGGGCAAGUUUGCCUUUCUCCUCGAAUCCACCAUGAACGAGUACAUCGAGCAGCGAAAGCCGUGCGACACCAUGAAAGUGGGAGGGAACCUCGACUCGAAAGGCUACGGUGUGGCGACACCCAAAGGCUCUGCAUUAAGAAAUGCUGUUAACCUGGCAGUUUUAAAACUGAAUGAGCAAGGCCUCUUGGACAAAUUGAAAAACAAAUGGUGGUACGACAAGGGAGAGUGCGGCAGCGGGGGAGGUGACUCCAAGGUCAGCCUCGAUGUCACCACAAUCGGAACUCCUGUAAACCUUGCAGUAUUGAAACUCAGUGAACAAGGCAUCUUAGACAAGCUGAAAAACAAAUGGUGGUACGAUAAGGGUGAAUGUGGAACCAAGGACUCUGGAAGUAAGGACAAGACAAGUGCUCUCAGCUUAAGCAAUGUGGCGGGUGUCUUCUAUAUUCUGGUUGGCGGGCUGGGGCUGGCCAUGAUGGUGGCUCUGAUAGAGUUUUGUUAUAAGUCACGACAAGAAACCAAGCGCCUUAAAUUGGCCAAGAAUGCCCAGAAUUUUAAGCCGGCUCCCCCGACCAACACCCAGAACUUUGCCACAUACAGAGAAGGCUACAACGUUUACGAUACAACUCCACUGUCCUCUACAACUGUGACUAAACACCUAAAGAAAACAAGGCACAGGAUCACGGGGAUUGUGCUGCAAGCCAAAUCCUCUCGGGUGGACAUGGCACGAUAAUCUGCAAUGACGACACGACUGGACUGGUCACGGGAAGAGCCCAAGAGGUUCCCUCCUCUCAGUGCCUUAAGAAACUCUGAGUCCAAUCAAUGCAACUCAUUCACAAUGAUAUUGCUUUUUGCUUGAAACUCAUACAAAAUAGAAGAAUAGAAGAAAAGUAUAUUCAUACAUACAUACAUAUAUUCCUAUACACAUAUAUGUAUAUAUGUGUGUCUGUAUGUGUGUGUAUAUCUAACACGAAUGAGAGAACUUAAAGCCAUCAUUUGCAAACUAAGCACAUUUUGAAGUGCCAGCAAGACAAAUCUAAUUGGUUUCUUUUUAUCAAUAUGACCAGAUUACUCUUCAUCCUGCUACCAGAUUUUCACUGGUUCUGUGUGUUCAAAUAAUUUUAUUAGAUCCACUCAGUGCACUGUAAGACACUGAUUAUUCAAUAUUUGCUUUUAUACUGCUGUGAGUCACUACUAAUGAUCAUGUACUUAGUGUAAAAGAUAGAUUUAUUUCACCGGAGACAUUCAGCCCAAAACAAAGAUGCGUGUUGUUUGUACUCUGAACUCUGGUGCUGCUGCCGCUGUCUUCUGAGAGUUGGAUGGGACUUGUGAUGAAGAGAGGAUGGUCUGGUUUGGCACAGACUCUCCAGGACCAGGUCAUGAUUCGCACUUCCAAUACUGCCAAGUGUGUGUUUUGUGUGAUGAGUGUGUAAAGCCUGAGUCAGGAAAAUUUGUUUGUGAUUUGCAGUUUGUAAAAUAUCGAGGGAGAAUCUUUCCCAGAAGUCAUUCAAAUCUCCUUUACAUGAAAGUAAAAACAAACAAAAAGGGUAAUUUAAUUGUAGAUUAACUGCAGUCCAAUUAAUGGAUAACAGUAAUGGCUUUUUAACUGUAGAUUUUUGGAUUCUCUUACAUUUCUUUCUUUGAGAAUUGCACAUUUUACAAGCUGUGGUUUGCCUUUAAUUUGAUUUCCAUUCAUGAAAAAUAUAGUGUUUGGUGACUUCACUUAGUAAAUGAAAAUGAAAAACAUAUGAAUACAACAGAAAUAGAUUUAUACAAGGUUAUACUGGGGCAAGUCCUGAGGCUUAGCCCAUUUCCAUUUUGCUGUAAGCAUUUCUUUCAUGAAAACUGUGAUUCCAUAGGAUUUAGGAAGAUACUUAUCUAAUCACCUGAAACUAUGGGCCGAUAGUUUUAUAUAUGAAAAUAAAAAGACAAUGUGAAGAAAAAGAGCAGAAAGAGAAAUGUGUACAUUUAGAUGAAUGAGAAGUAUUUAUAUUAUAUGAUGACAGAUCGGUUUUCCCCCUCUGUCUUGUUUUUUUGUUCCUUUUGUUUCUUUUCUUUGUUUUUUCUAAGAAACUGCAUGCGAAAUCAGCAAUGCUUGACGAGCUCUGUUACUCACAAUCUGACCUUAGUAUUAAAAGCCAAGCUCUGUUAAUUCUUUUGUAAAUGGUUUCACUUUCUUUCUGUUCAGCAGGCCUCACUUUCUGUAGUAACAAAAAUCACCAGGCACAGUAGUGGGUACAAAAGAGCAAAAGAUGCAUGCAUAAUUUGAUGAACCUCAUUAGAGGGGCACUGUACAGAGAAUUUUAAUACAUUUUGUAAAUAAAGUGUACAGAAAGUG